GAUGGUGGUCACCAGGGAAACGGGUGGUCAACAUCAACAGGUACCACGGGGAGCAAUUGUUAGCUUUUAGCAUUGGAAACUCUGCCUACAGCUUGUAUUUUUAUUUUUAUUUAGUAAAAAUAGUAAUUAUUAAAAUGGAAAUUCUUGGAGUUUCGUCUCUUCAAAAUCUCCAAGCCCUGUCAGCUUUGCUAAACCCACAGGAAGGACAAAAAGAAGAAGAGGACUAUGAGACACUGAGUGCCUCUGCACAGCUGGGCCCUGGAAGCAUUGGUCCCAAACCCAAAAAGGACACCCCUGCUGUAAGUGGCAGCAUCUCUAAGAGCAAAGAGAUCUGGAGCGAGGAGGAGGUGUCAGAGGGAUCACAGUUUGACGACCUCAACGACCAAAGGCCUCAACCAGAUUAUGAGGUGAUCAUGAAGCAGAGUGUUGGGACAGAAGACGUGUUUCUGGGCCUCAGUGAAAAAGAUCCCUCCUCCAUGAGCUGUGAAGCUUUACUGGUAAAAAUCAAACUGCCAGACACCAAACUGGCUGAUGUGGUCUUAGAUGUAAAGGAGACAUUCCUGGAUUUACGGACACCCAAAUAUAAGCUUGGUCUACACCUGCCCCACCCAGUCCACAGUCAGGAGGGGAAAGCUCAGUUCUUCAGUGACAGAGAAGAGCUGGAAGUAACUCUACUCAUGAAUCGACCGCUGGACUUCAUCAAUGGGAAAUAA